CCCUCGCCUCUCCUCCCCUCGGCGGGUGUGAGCCGAGCAGCCUCGCCUCACCGCCUAGCGCCCCCCUCCGCCGCCGCCGCCGCCGCCGCCGCUGCCUCCGCCCGCCGGCCAUGUCCCCAGGCCGCCGCCGCCGCCGCCCGAGCGCGGCAUUCCCGCGGCCCAGCGCGCAGUGAGCGCGGGGCCCUGUCGCCGUUCGCCCGCCCCGGGGCCCCCUUGUUCUCAGCGUCGCCGCCGCCGCCAUGUUGGGUUUAGAGCCGCAGCGGAGCCGCCGCCGCCGCCGCGGGUGAGGGAGGCCGAGAGCGGAGCCCGUCCCGCCCCGGGGCCCAGGGAGCGGGGCCGCCUCGGAGCCCGGCCUCUCCCCGCCAGCCGCGUCCCCGGCCCGCCCGCCGGGCCAGCAAGCGCGCGAGCGCCGGGCCGCGGCCGCGUCUUCCGCCCCCGGUCGGAGCGAGCGCGCCGCCCGUUCGUUCCCCCGCGGCCGCCGGGCCCGGCCGGAGCCUGCAGCGGAGCCCAGGAGAGUCAGCGCCAUGGCGGAGCAGACCUACUCGUGGGCCUAUUCCUUGGUGGAUUCCAGUCAAGUGUCUACAUUUCUGAUUUCCAUUCUACUUAUAGUCUACGGUAGUUUCAGGUCUCUUAAUAUGGACUUUGAAAAUCAAGAUAAGGAGAAAGACAAUAACAAUUCUUCUGGGUCUUUCAAUAGCAACAGCACCAAUAAUAGUAUCCAAACUAUUGACUCAACCCAGGCACUGUUCCUUCCAAUUGGAGCAUCUGUCUCUCUCCUAGUAAUGUUCUUCUUCUUUGACUCAGUUCAAGUAGUUUUUACAAUAUGUACAGCAGGCCAGAUCUGCCAACACAAUCUGAAUGGAAAGGCCAGGGGUUUGAAAAUUCGUGAGCUUUAUGACAACACAGAAGAUCACUUUGGCUGUGGUUCCUUGUCUGUUCUUGCAACGAUAGCUUUUGCUUUUCUUCUUCUCCCGAUGUGCCAGUAUUUAACAAGACCCUGUUCACCUCAGAACAAUCCAGCAGGUGUUGUGUUUUCCAGGAUUUCCUUUGGUUGCUGUGGGCGUUUCACUGCUGCUGAGUUACUGUCGUUCUCUCUGUCUGUCAUGCUCGUCCUCAUCUGGGUUCUCACUGGCCAUUGGCUUCUCAUGGAUGCCCUAGCCAUGGGUCUCUGUGUUGCCAUGAUAGCCUUUGUCCGCCUGCCCAGCCUCAAGGUCUCCUGCCUGCUUCUCUCAGGGCUUCUAAUCUACGAUGUCUUUUGGGUGUUUUUCUCUGCCUACAUCUUCAAUAGCAACGUCAUGGUGAAGGUGGCCACGCAGCCGGCUGACAAUCCCCUUGACGUCCUAUCCCGGAAGCUCCACCUGGGGCCCAAUGUUGGGCGUGAUGUUCCUCGGCUAUCUCUGCCUGGAAAACUGGUCUUUCCGAGCUCCACUGGCAGUCACUUCUCUAUGUUGGGCAUUGGGGACAUCGUGAUGCCUGGGCUCCUGUUGUGCUUUGUCCUUCGUUAUGACAACUACAAAAAACAAGCCAGCGGUGACUCCUGCGGUGCCUCUGGACCCGCCAACAUCUCUGGACGCAUGCAGAAGGUCUCCUACUUCCACUGUACCCUCAUUGGGUACUUUGUAGGUCUACUCACUGCUACUGUGGCGUCUCGCAUUCACCGAGCAGCCCAGCCCGCCCUUCUCUAUUUGGUGCCAUUUACCUUAUUGCCACUCCUCACAAUGGCCUAUUUAAAGGGUGACCUACGGCGGAUGUGGUCUGAGCCAUUCCACUCCAAAUCCAGCAGCUCACGAUUCCUGGAAGUAUGAUGGAUCCCAGAGAGUGAGCAGAAUGGCCAUCUUAGUCCCUUUCUGUCAACGCGUGGUUUUGUUUCCUCUUAGAGCCGGCCUGGUACUCAGAGAUGUACCUGUUUAUGGAACUGACGUAUGACUGAAUUUCCAUUUUCAGGGAGCUUGUUUGCAGGAGCGAGGUGCUGGAGCCCAGCUUCGUUCCCUCUCUUCCUACCACUGGAGAAGGGGAGCCCCUCCUGAGGUGACAGGCCCUCCCCCACGCUCCUUCUCCCCCAUUUUUAUGGAUCUGCACCAGACUGUUACCUGUGGAGGAUAGAGAUGUGACUAUUUAAAACUGACAACGGCAAGGAGUCGUUCCCUACCUUUUGAACACUAAACGGAUGAAAAACAUUAGCAAAGCGAAGUUUCUUCAGUGAACCCUCAAGAACUUUGGGACCAGUUUCCUGUGGGGGACUCAGUUUCUGAGAACUGAGACAGAGCUCUUCUGUCAUUAUAUUCUUUCCUUUUUUUGGAUUUAUUAAAUAUUUUCUGUGGUGUGAAAUGACUUAUUAAAUCCACAGACAUUGAGUGACUUCUUACAACAUAUACAUAAGAACUUGUUGUAAUGAGUUCAUGUCCACCCAGAUGUCAUGUUGGCAGUGAACGAGGGCAUGGUUUUUAUACAUACACACACAUGUGCGUGCACAUAGAUAUAUAUGAAUAAACAAAAUAAAACCUGCUAAGAUCAUGCUGUGUAGCAGACAGGGACUUGCUGUAAUUUUUAGCAUGUAGAGCAGUUACUCUGGCUUCCUUGUAUAUGGAUAAGCUGCUGUCUCCCCCUCCACAACUGAACGUGCAGUUAAAAACCAGUAUAGUAUUUGUACUGAUAUACUCAUGGACUUCAGGGGACACUCAUUUGGUUUUGGUCAGUGUAGCAAAUUAGGGAUGAAACAUUAAAACUUUUGGCCCUUCUUUUGUUUCUACAGUCUUCUCCCUUGCAGGGUUUUUAGUAGUUUCUUCUGGAACCAGUGCAUGUAUUAUAUAGCAGCAGGUGUCUUUGUGCUUUCUGAUCAUAGUAAUGUACUACUUGUAAAUACAUUUUUCUAUUUUCUAUUUUUUUGUAAUUUUUUUUUUUUGGCAUUUGAUUUCACUGGUGUGCUGUAUCUUUCCAUGCCGUCACUCCUUUAAGAAAAAAAAAAAAAAAGCAACAUAAUCCUGUCCUUGCUGUUGUGAUUAUAGUGUUGGUUUACCUGUGCUGACAGCUGCAUAUUGGGGACAAAUGUCAAAUGCCCUUCUGAAAUGAGCCCUGCAUUCCAGGAAUGGCAGAAGGAACGAGCUGCUCUGUCCCCUUAGAUCUGACCAUGUGAUGUGGUCUGUGUUGGAGAGGCGGCGGCUUUCUGGUAGUAACUAGGUGAUAAUGUCAGCUUGCCUUUAUCUGUGCAGCCUCUGCCUGACCAAAAAUUACCCCUUGUUCAAAGGCAGAGAGAAGCCUGGAUACCUGAUGGCACGUGCUGGUGAAGGGCCUGUGUGUCCUGGUUCCUCAUAAGCAGGUGACCUGCCUUUGCCUUGCCCUGUGUAAAAGCUGUGGUGCUGUGGUUCCCGUUGUGUGAAGUCACUGAAGCUAGUGCUCACAGACGGUGCACAGUGAGUUUUCAAGGGAGUGUGAGGGGGUGGGGGUAGUGCACUUCUCUGUUGUGUCUUCAAAUCCUGCUGAGGGCUGUUUUGUUUUUUGUUUUGUUGGUUCUUUGGGGAUUUUGUUUUUGUUUUUUAAAUAAAUGACUCCUUUCUAGCCUU